ACCCUGCCGGGCAGCCGGCACCUGCUCGGGGAGCAGCUGUCCCACCAGUGGGCGGUGAGCAUGGGGCUGCUGCUGGCCCUGAUGGUGCUGCUCAUCGUGGUGGGCAACGGGCUGGUGAUCGCGGCCAUCGGGCGCACGCAGCGGCUGCAGACCCUCACCAACCUCUUCAUCACCUCGCUGGCCUGCGCCGACCUGGUGAUGGGCUCGCUGGUGGUGCCCUUCGGGGCCACGCUGGUGGUGCGGGGCCGCUGGCUCUGGGGCUCCUUCCUGUGCGAGUGCUGGACCUCGGUGGAUGUGCUGUGCGUGACGGCCAGCAUCGAGACCCUGUGCGUCAUCGCCAUCGAUCGCUACCUGGCCAUCACCUCGCCGUUCCGCUACCAGAGCCUCAUGACCAAGGGCCGGGCCAAGGGAAUCGUCUGCACGGUCUGGGCCAUCUCCGCCCUGGUCUCCUUCCUGCCCAUCAUGAUGCAUUGGUGGCGGGAUCGUGAUCCUCAAGCUCUGGAUUGCUACCAGGACCCCGGCUGCUGUGACUUUGUCACCAACAGGGCCUAUGCCAUCGCCUCCUCCGUUAUCUCCUUCUACAUUCCCCUCCUCAUCAUGAUCUUCGUGUACAUCAGAGUCUACCGGGAGGCCAAGGAGCAGAUGAGGAAGAUAGACAAGUGCGAAGGCAGGUUCUACUGCAGCCACCCCCAGCCUCAUGCCCAGUCUCAAUCCCAACCCCACCACCUGCCCAUCCUGGGCAAUGGCCGAACCAGCAGGAGAAGGACCUCCAAGAUCUUGGCCUUGAAGGAGCAAAAAGCCCUCAAGACCUUGGGCAUCAUUAUGGGGGUUUUCACCCUCUGCUGGCUCCCCUUCUUCCUGGUCAACGUGGUUAAGGUCUUCAACAGGAACCUGGUGCCAGACCAGCUCUUCGUCUUUUUCAAUUGGCUGGGCUAUGCCAAUUCGGCGUUCAACCCCAUCAUCUACUGCCGCAGCCCCGACUUCCGCAAGGCCUUCAAGAGGCUGCUCUGCUGCCCCAGGAAAGCUGACAGGAGGCUGCACGCCAGUUCUGGGGAGCUCUCCCGAUAUGCAGGGAACUUUAUCAAUACUUUGGGCACCCCCGAGCGCAGCCUGGGAGGGACGUGGUCUGAAUGCAAUGGAGGUACGCAGGGAGGCAGUGACUCAAGUCUGGAGGAGAGGAAUAGCAAAACUUCCUAUUCAGAAUCCAAGGUAUAGGGAGAGGGGUUGUUUUGAGUUGGGGAGUGGGGCAGAGGGAUGCGUGCGCUGGACACAGAGCAUAAAGAAAGACUGGCAGGGAAAUGAACAGGAGCAAAAAGACAAAACUACCAAGAGUCUGGUUAAUAAACACCGAACCAAACUGAUCUCUCUCAGCUGAGAGAGACUGUGUUCACCUAGAACUAAAAGCAGGUGAAUGUGUAUGCAGCAUACCUCAUCUGAAGUAAAAGCAAAUGGGAGGCCACUGACCACUGAACAAAGGAAAUUAACCGACUCUCAAACCCAUUUGGAUGAUUAUUCUCUUUUUGUGAAGAGCUAAAGGUUGGUGGUUAGGGGGAAAUAAUUUCAAAAGGAGGUAAGAAUAUAGGUUCAGUUUUUCUGAGAGCUACACUUGCGGGGGGAGGGGAACUGAUGCUGAGGCAUGGAAGUAUUGGGAAUUUGCUGUGGCCAUCAGUGUAGGCAGCAUCGAUCCGUUACUAACCUUGCUUCAAAGUUUAGAACUAUCAGCUGUCCCGUCCCUGCUCCUGGGAGCUCCACUUAGCCUCAUACAGAGGAAAAGAGCCUGCUUUUAAUAAGCACCGACUGCCGAAAAAUCUCAUUAAAGUCCCUGAGGACUCCAGGGACUCAGCAUUUUUUUAUUUUUUUUACAAAUUGAACUGAAAGUCCCUUUUGAAAGUGUAUUUGUGAUCUGGCAAGUUGUAUUUGAAGCUCUUGGUAGCUGGGCUCUCCCGUUAUCCAAGGUGGAUAUGAAUAAAUAAAUCACAUUGAACAUUAAUAUACUUGUAUUUUGCACAAACCUCUCCUGCUUUUUUCUUCUGAACCAGCAAACUAGUGGUUUUUGUACUUAUCUUCCCUUGCCAGACAACAGCAACCAGGCUGAGAAACUUCUACCUCAAACUGUGCAUAUUGUACAGCGGAAACAAGACGUGUUUAUAUUAAACAGCUUAUUUAUGUAUCACUAUUAGUAUUUUAUAUAAAAAAAAUCCCACCCCAGACAUUGAGCCUUUUGCAGUUUGGUCUUUGUAGUUAAAGAUGAAAAGUAAAAAUGAAUUCCUUGUGUAACUUCCUUUUUUAAAAUUACUGCACAUUUAAAAAAAAGCAGCAGCAACCGGGGUGGUUUUUUUUUUUUUUUUUUGCACAGUGUUGAGAAUUGCAAAGUGAAUUGAAUGUUACUUGCACACACAAAAAAUCGAGUUACAAAUAAAACAAGGCUAAAAUAACAUCAAAUCCUAAAUCUAUUUCAGUUCUUGUCUGCUAUGUUACAAUUUUACUGAGAGAGUUAUUUUAAAUAUUUUAUCAAGGUACUGUAAAUGUAUCUAUAUUCUAAAUUAAAGUAUCUUAAGGGUAUUUUUAUUUUUACGUCCAACUGCCCGUGUGAAUCUGCUGUUAUUUUAUCACCCGUGUGUUAUUUCCAUUUUCCUCUUGUGUGUUUUAUAAUGUAUUUAUACUCUGGUGCAAUUUACUACUGUGGGAGUAAUCGGUCUAUGUGCAAUAAAUGUCA